AUGGAACGGAUAUUGCUCGCUACUAAUCGUGGCUACGCAGCUCAGGCAAAAACGGCGUGCGCCUCAUUUCAACUCAGCACCCCCAUCCACUCUUCUCGCUCCCCCCAGGGGCCUCCUCCGUACUCACCUCCCCCUCCCUCAGCUCCCCCUCCUCCGUACCCACCUUCACCUCCCCCUCCAGCACCCCCUCCUCCGUGUCCCCCACCACCGUACCCUCCACCUGCACCUCCGCCACCAUACCCUACGUCACCCCCUCCGCCACCUGCACCGCCUUCCCCGCUAGGAUAUCCUCUGCGAUCGAGACUUCGAGCCCUCCCCCCUCUGAUUCCAUCAGGAUUGCCGCCGGCGGGUCUCCCGCCAUUACUAUUCCCGUUGGAAUUGCCUCCUCCAGCCUUCCCUCCGUUACUAUUUCCGUUGGGAUUGCCUCCUCCAGACCCUCCGUUACUAUUUCCGUUGGGAUUGCCUCCCCCAGGCUUCCCUCCGCUACUGUUCCCGUUAGGAUUCCCCAUACCGUCGGUCGCGCCACCCUCUAGGGUACUCGCGGCGACAAGCAUAGCGGAUACGACGAGGAGUAGGAUCGAGGAACGCAUUAGGAUCUGCUUUUCGAUGUCAGAGGUCGGGUAUCGAGUACUUGACUUUGGUCUGCGACAACAACAAUCAAUCAGUAAAUCGAUUUUGGUGUAUGGCGGAUAUGCUACCAGUGGAGCUGGGUGA